UAAAAUUAGCAGUGCCUUGUUUUGGAUUGAGAAGUGGCCUGUUAAUUCUCUUAAACUUUAGCCCGUAGGAUGUGGCCAGCCGUCCAGAGCUGGGUGGAGAGGUAAGUUGAUUGAGGGGUUGCUAGCUUUAACACAGCCAGCAGGUGAUGCUGGUCUUUGGAACCCUUCUCCCACCUCUCAAUUUGUAACAUCCUCUUUUCCCCCAAGCCCCUAUACCUUUCAUAUUGCUCCAGGUUUCUUUAAUCACAGUAUUCAAGGGCCUGAAGUAUUUGUUCCCCCAUAGGUGCUAAGUGAGACAAUUGACUUUCUCCAUUUUGCAAUGGGCUUUUCUUCCCUUUACUGCUAACUCCCAAGACCCCCACGUCUGCUUUUCUGGUGAGCACCUAUUGCUUUUCUGCUUCUCACCUCCUCCAGUGGUCUUCCUCCCUGUCAGCCUCUUCACCACCUGGGGAGCUUCUGCUAUCUGCAUCUAGUCCAGGCUCAGGCGUUUUGCUCAUCUGCCUUCAGUCCAAGCCUCAUUAUACUCCGCUCACACUGAUUCCACUCUACCUUUCACACCGUUUCUUUCUCUCAUUCUUCCCAAUUAAAGGAUACAUCCUACAAGGAUACAUCCUACAAUGGGUAUGCGAAGGAUACCCUUCAUAUACCCAUUUGUACCAAGAAGCGGCCUCUAGCUACUCGAGCCCUCCUCACCAUGAGUACCACCACUUUUAGCCCCUUCACCCUUCUCUGGUGGUUUGAUGUGAACCAGUCUUGUCUCUUCAGCUCCGCUGGGGCCCAGUGGGGGAGGGAGCUUGCAUUCCUUCUGGAGUCUCCAGCACUGUGAGCUGUGCUGGCACCUGUGUGCUCCGUGAUUACAGGCUGGUGGGCUGGAGUUGCCUGAACUUUUAACAAGUGCGUAAAUACACUGGGAGAUGGUUGGGUGGGGGAGGGGACCCGGUGAAGGGUUUCUUAAUUCAGAGGGAUUACUUGUGGGAGAGGAAGGAACAAUUAGUCUCUUUUCAAGGUUAGCCCAGAGCAUGUUCUGGAUUGGGAUUGAGUCACGCCCCUUGCCUCCCACCUGCCCCCCCCCCCUACUCUCCCAGGUGCAUGUCCCCAGCCACACCUGGUGGGGCAGCUGACUUGAUAAAAAGUAGCUCCGAGGGUGUGGGCGAGGGCUAUUCGAGAAGCAGGAGGAUGAGCGCUGAGUAUGGACAGCGGCAGCAGCCCGGGGGCCGUGGGGGUCGCAGUUCUGGGAACAAAAAGUCCAAAAAGCGCUGUCGGCGCAAGGAAUCCUACUCCAUGUAUAUCUACAAGGUGCUGAAGCAGGUGCACCCUGACAUCGGCAUCUCUGCCAAGGCCAUGAGCAUCAUGAACUCGUUUGUAAACGACGUGUUUGAGCAGCUGGCGUGUGAGGCUGCCCGGCUGGCCCAGUACUCGGGCCGGACCACCCUGACAUCCCGAGAAGUCCAGACGGCUGUGCGUCUGCUGCUGCCUGGGGAACUGGCCAAGCACGCUGUGUCCGAGGGCACCAAGGCUGUCACCAAGUACACCAGCUCCAAGUGACCCAGGGUCUGACAAAAAUAAAGGGUGAACUGUU